UUGCGCUAGGCCUAUUAAGAAGAUGGCCACUUGGUCCGUGAUAGUUGUUGGCAUUGAAGAAGGCCAUUACCUUGUUAAAGUUGCUGAUGACGAAGCUGCUUUCAGGAAAACCACUAUUAAGCAACUAAAGAAGAAAAUAUCCGAUUCAAAAGCAGGCCUAGUAGCUCCAGAAUACAUGCGUCUUCUUUUUGCUGGUAAACAGCUCGAAGAUGAAGACUCUUCCACUAACGAAGAGAAGACAUUAGAAGAUUAUAACAUUCAAAAGCGAUCAGCUAUUACUGUUGUUAUGAGAGUGCACGGAGGGAGUGACGGGUCCUUGUCAAGCAUCAACAGAGUACCAGUGCCACCUCUAACUGAGGAUAAAGAAUAUCCGAGUGACUUCGCUUUGAAGUUUACUGAUGAUCCUGAUUGCCUUGAUCCUUUACCUGAUCCCAAUGCUCCAAAAAGAGUAAAAAUGAAAUGUGGUCAUGCUGUUGAUCCAAACACUCUUACAGCUUAUUGUCGUAGUCUUCUUGAUCAGCAUGUCUUUAAGUUCACUUGCCCCGCUAUUGUUGACUCGAAAACAAACAAGCAGUGUAAAAAGGAAUGGGAUUACACUGAUGUUCGUUUGGCUGCACUAUUGAAUGAUGCUGAGAUGCAGUAUUUUGAGAGUAAGAUGUCCGAAUAUGCUGCCUCACAAUAUUGUGACUUGAAAGAAUGUCCUGGUUGCCGGUCAUUUGUUGAACGUGUUGAUUUAGACAACCUUAAUGUUCAUUGCCCACUUUGUACCAAGAAAAAAGGUAAAGUUUAUGAAUUCUGCUGGCAUUGUUUAAAGGAAUGGACAGGGCCAAGGAAAUCAUCUGUGAAAUGUGGCGAUGAGUCUUGUAUUCAUCCUGAUCUCCCAUCAAUUAGAGAUGCUCCUGAUUUUGUCCUCAAUGGCAAAAACGUUCCUAAUCGUCGUGCAUGUCCAACUUGUGGAAAAGUUGUUGAACACAAUACCAGAGGUUGCAAGUUCAUUAUUUGUCCUCGCUGCAAGAAGGAAUUUUGCUUUAUGUGCCUUGAAUUAAAAGAAGUGUGCUUGAAAAGUGCUCCAAGCUCUUGGCAUACAAUAUGCAAAAAGGCUGUUGCACCUAAACAAACUAUUAUUCCUUGCUGGUCUCGUAACAAGUAAUCUAAGUGUUUAGGCCCUAACUUAGUCUUUAGAUAUAAAUAUUUUUGUAGUGAUAUAAUUAUUAAGAGGUUUAAUUUUUGUGAUGAUUUUAAUUUGAUUUAUCUUUAGAGA